AUGUGUCGGUGGUGUAUCGCAGCCCAGAGGGCGAGCGCUUCUCCCGUGAGUGGCUGGAUCGCUUGCAGCUCGCCCCCACCUCACGCACACCCCUCCUGUCCCAUUGCAAAAAAAAACUCCCUUUGCAAAUUGCAAUCUGCCGCUCAUCGUGCAAGGAAUCCUGCCCAGGACUGGGUUGUUGCAGCGGGUCAGAGAAACAGCCUGGUGUGUGUGUUUGCUCGGGGCUAGUCUGGCUUUGCAGCACCGUGCUUCACAUGGGUGGUGCUCCAGAGGGAAUGAGAUGGUGAGGAUUGGCUUGGGCUCGGAUUGCUGUCGUUUUUGCUGCUGUGCGUUUGCUGGCUGAUUGAGAUCCCCCGUCACUGUGCCAUGGCUAAGAGCGCCGAGGUGAAGCUGGCUGUCUUUGGGAGAGCCGGCGUGGGCAAGUCAGCUAUCGUGGUCAGGUUUCUCACCAAGAGAUUCAUCUGGGAAUAUGAUCCUACAUUGGAAUCAACCUAUCGCCAUCAAGCCACCAUCGAUGAUGAAGUGAUUUCCAUGGAAAUCUUAGACACUGCUGGGCAGGAAGACGUUGUUCAGAGGGAGAGCCACAUGCGUUGGGCAGAGGCCUUCAUCUUGGUUUACGACAUCACGGACCGGAUCAGUUUUGAGGAGGUGAUUUCGUUGAAGAACUUUCUGGACGAGAUCAAGAAGCCCAAAAACGUGACGCUCAUCCUGGUGGGCAACAAGGCCGACCUGGACCACUCCAGGCAGGUUGCCACGGAGGAAGGUGAGAAGGUGGCGACGGAAAUGGCCUGCGCUUUCUACGAGUGCUCGGCCUGCACCGGCGAGGGCAACAUCAACGAAGCCUUCUACGAACUGUGCCGCGAGGUGAGGCGCCGCAAAAUGAUCCAGGGCAAGACCCGGCGGAGAAGCUCCACCACUCACGUCAAGCAGGCCAUCAACAAAAUGCUGACCAAGAUCAGCAGCUAAAUCCCCCGCGCGGGGAAACUCUCUCUGAGAACUGAGGAGAAACUGCAGCCGCGUGAUAGAAAACACACAGCUGAGGGUGUUAGCUUCCCAAAGUCACCUGAAUGGACUAAACCAAGCAUCAUUCUGACAGGAAAAAAAAAAUGGUGUUCGAGUCACAGAGUCAUUCAGGCCCUUCUGCCCAACUCCAAGAUGUCCCAUCUAAGUUAGUCCAACCUGCACAUAUUUGCUCCAUAUUCCAUCAAACCUUUCCUAUCCAUGAACCUGUCCACAAGUCUUUUCAUAGAAACAUACAUAGAAAAUAGUUUUGUAGGAGUAGGCCAUUCGGCUCUUCGAGCCUGCACCGCCAUUCAAUAUGAUCAUGGCUGAUCAUCCAACUCAGUAUCCUGUACCUGCCUUCUCUCCAUACCCCCUGAUCCCUUUAGCCACAAGGGCCACAUCUAACUCCCUCUUAAAUAUAGCCAAUGAACUGGCCUCAACUACCUUCUGUGGCAGAGAAUUCCACAGAUUCACCACUCUCUGUGUGAAAAAUGUUUUUCUCAUCUCGGUCCUAAAAGAUUUCCCCCUUAUCCUUAAACUGUGACCCCUUGUUCUGGACAUCCCCAACAUCGGGAACAAUCUUCCUGCAUCUAGCCUGUUCAACCUCUUAAGAAUUUUGUACGUUUCUAUAAGAUCCCCCCUAUAAGAUCCAAGAUUCAUAAAUUGUACAGGCAAAUUAGGCCAUUCGGCCCAUCAAGUCUGCUCCACCAUUCAAUCGUGGCUGACCUAUCUCUCCCUCUCAGCCCCAUUCUCCUGCCUUCUCCCCAUAACUCCUGACACCCGUACUAAUCAAGAAAGCCUUUUAAAGGCUGUUAUAAUACCUGCCUCAACUACCUCCUCUGGUAGUUCCAUAUACCCACUGCCUUUUGUGUGAAAAAGUUCCUAUCAUAUCUUUCCCCUCUCAGCUUAAACCUAUGCCCUCUCAGCUUGAACCUUGAUUCCCUUACCCUGGGUAAAAGACUCUGUCCGCUCGCCCUAUCUAUUCCCCUCAUGUUCUGUAAUAUAUUACCAUGUAUAAGAGUGUAUGUCAAACUAAUAACCCUUGUGUACAGGUUUACUGAUUCAUUCCAAGGUGAAGCGGGCUAAAGUGAAAUUGUAAAACCACUUUGGGUUUUGAAACCUUUUCACAGGUGCACUCAUUUUAAGUUCUAUUGCAGUGUUGUGGGCCUGGAACGCACUGCCAAGGGUGGUGAUGGAGGCAGAUACAAUAGUGGUGUUUAAGAUGCUUUUAGAUCGGCCAGGGAAUAGAGGGAUAUAGAUCCCGUACAGGCAGGUGUGAUCAGUUUAACGGAACCAUGUUCGACACAAACAUUGUGGGCCAAAGGGCCUGUUGCUGUGUUAUACUAUUUAAUUUAGAAAUACAGUGUGGAAACAGCCCCUUCGGCCCAUCGAGUCCAUGCUGACCAUCGAUCAUCCGUACAUUAGUUCUAUCCUCCACACUAGGGAAAAUGUACAGGAUCCAAUUAACCUACGGACCUGCACGUCUUUGGAAUGUGGGAGGAAACCGGAGCACCCGGAGGAAACCCACGAGGUCACGGGCAGAAGGUGCAAACUCCACACACGCACACACACAGCUCCCAAGGUCAGUAUUGAACCGGGGUCCCUGGCGCUGUAAGGCAACAGCUCAGCCGCUGUGCCACUGUGCUGCCCUUCAACAUUCCAAUUAAGGUUUCCCGUUCCCCUUGGAAUUAAACGUGUGAGAGUGUAGGGAACAAGAUCCCUUCACCAGCAGAUGACGAUCAAGUUUACCUGGUGGUGGUAAGGACAGGUCUACAGAUCAGGUUGGGCCUGGAGUCAGUUCAUGGUCCGCUCUGGGGCAGCUGAGCUCAGGAGACAGACUCGUGAGAAUGUUCCUUUGGCACCCACUCUCAAUUACUUCAGAGUCGGCCACUCGCCAUAGGUGUGAAUGUUUGCUCAUUUAGAGGAAAGGAUUGAAUCUGCUUGCCAAUCUGUCCCCCCACCCCCACCCUGCCCCUCCCUAUGCCAACCACCCCUCCCUUCAUACCCCCAUCCAACCAGGCUCAAACCAAUGACCAGAGAACUUCUUCACUGCCGUGAAAACUGGUCACAAAUAAGGGCAAUCAUCUCCGAUGGAAUUGGAUUCUUGGCUCCCAAUAGAGACAGAACAUAGAACAGUACAGCACAGGAGCAGGUCCUUUCGCCCGCAGUGUCUGUGUUUAACACGAUGUCAAGAUCAACUCUUACCUGCCUGCACCUAAUCCAUAUCCCUUCAUUCCCUGCAUAACCAUGUUCCUAUCUAAAAACCUCUUCGAAUGCCACUGUCAUAUCCGCUUCCACCACCACCCCCAGGCAGAGCCACCCAUCACCCUCUGUGUAAUUAAAAACUUGGCCUGCGCAUCUUUAAACUUUUCCCUUCUCACCUUGAAGCUAUGCCCUCGAAUACUUGAAUUUCCAUCCUGGAAAAAAGGUUUUGACUGUCUAUCCUUUUUAUGCCUCCUAUAAUUGUAAACACUUGUGUCAGGUCUCCCCCUCAACCUCCAACGCUGCAGAGAAAACAAUCCCAAGUCUGACCAGCCACUUCUUCUAGCUAACACCCUCCAAUCCAGGCAUCAUUCUGGUAAACCUCUCCCGCACCCUCUCCAAAGCCUCCACAUCCUUCCUGUAAAUGGGGCGAUCAGAACUGCACACAAUGCUCCAAAUGGCACCUGAGCAACGUCCUAUUGAGCUGGACCUUGUAAGGGCAGGGUGAAGAAUUGGACAAGAUCUUCGUUGUACAUUGAUGUAAUACCCACUAAUAAACGGAGGGAGGAAAGAUUUUUAGAUUGCAAAUAUAUGUGAGCUGCUUUCAAAUCUUCAGAUAGCAUUGGGUCUUUUUUAUUGAAUACUGUGUUGGUUUAUUAGGUCCAGCAAAUCUGCAGCUUGUUUAUCUAAGGUUUUGCUGAUAACAUCUAGUUUAUGCUUUGCUUGGAAAUACUGUCAGUCCUUUUAAUAGAAUCAGCUGGAGUUUACUAUUAAAUCCAAGCUUGGCUAUCUCACAUCUGCUACUUACCCACCACUGUGUACAAUGAAUGCAAGGAUGACGAUUUUUGUUAGUUGAUGUUGUGGUGACUCAAGAUUCAAACGAUUACAUUAAAUAAAUUAAUCAGUUAUUAAAGUAGCAAACAACUGCUAAAAAUAUAGAAGGUUUUUAUGUUACAUGUAAUCUUUCCACAUGUUCUUUUUUCCCAUGGGAAGUAAAUUUAUUGGUUGUUUAAAAAUAAAUGUGCUCAAUGAUUUUAGUUAAGGAAGUCCAAAUGAAUUUAAACGCAAAGGUAAUGUUCUUACCAAGUCCCGCUGAUUACAAAUUUAAUACUUUACAAAUUCAGAAUUCGGUGGCAAGAUUUUGAAAAUGGGGUAAAAAGAAAGUGUUGGAGGAACUUGUGUAGGAAGGAACUGCAGAUGCUGGUUUAAAACGAAGGGAGACAAAAAAGCUGGAGUAAUUCACCGGGACAGGCAGCAUCUCUGGAGGGAAGGAAUGGGUGACGUGUCGGGUCGAGACUCUUCAGACUGAAGGUCAUGGGAAAGGGAAACGAGAGAUAUCGUCACCCAUCCCUUCUCUCCAGGAAUGUUGGAGGAACUUGGCAGGUCAUGGAGUCAUACAGUGUGGAAACAGGCCCUUCGACCUGACCUGCCCACACCGAACAACAUGCCUCAUCUACACUAGUCCCACCUGCAUGAGUUUGGCCCAUAUCCCUCUAAACCCAUCCUGUGUUCCCGUAAUAUUAAAAAUAUCUUAUCAUGUACCUGUCCAAAUGUUUCUUAAGCAUUGUGAUAGUGCCUGCCUCAACUGCCUCCGGAAGAUCGUUCCAUACACCCACCGCCGUUUGUGCUAAACAAUGGCCCUUCAGUUCCCCAGGUUCUCAGGGUCAGGCAGCAUCUAUGGAGAGAGCAGGCAGAUUACUUUUCUGGUCAGGACCCCUCUCUUCAGAUCAGUCUGAAGAAGGGUCCCAACCGAAAACUGUCCAUGUUCCUCUACGGAUGCAGCCUGACCAGCUGAGCUCCUCCCAAAGAGUUCUUUGCUCAAAAUUCCAGCAUCUGCAGUCUCCUGUGUUCCCAUAAUAUUAAAAAUGUCUUGUCAUUUAUUCUUUCUGCAGUAAAAAAAUGUCCCUGUGCACAAUUGAUUCACUUCUCCAAUGCAUUCCAAGUUUUGAAUACUGAACAAAUGUACAAUAGAUGUCUCCUGGUAUAUAUUUACUGACUCAUCAUUGUUGUAACUGGCUUUGUCAUGUAAAAUAAAUCCUGAAAUAUUUGCUAUUCUUCAAACCGA